AGGCCCUUCAAGGAAGUGAGUAACAAGAACCGGUGGAACAAGCAGAGUGUCCGGGCACUUGUGAAGAACAUUGUCAAAAACAGGCAGCUCAGGAGCGCGCCCUCAACAGAGCUGCCACAGCUCAGUCUGGUGCAGAAGCCCAGGAAUUUAGCAGGAAAUUCCUUCCACUCGGAGCCCUUGCUCCCAAAGGAACAUAGGGAGACAGUCUCUUCUUUCACAGAACCAUCUCUAGUGAGAAAGGCUCCAUCUACAGAAUCAUUACCUGAGUUCAUAGACAGACGUAAAGAUUUGUCUUACACCAUUUUUGUUUUAGAAAGUGCAAAUGCUAAUGUGAAAAGAAUGAAGGCUUCUGACCUAAGUUUACUAUCUGAAAAGGGACAUCGAAACCUUAGGAAGAAAAAAUCUCAUUUCCCGUUGAUUGCAAGGAAGCCAGCAUCCUCUGCAUUGAGAAACCUGGUAAAUUCCCCUGAACGAGGGGUCUUUUCAUCUUUAGGAGACCUGAACUAUCCAGAAAAGGCUUUUUCAGAAGUAUAUGCCAUUUCUGAUCAUUCUACAGAAAAACCUCUUGAAAAAAAUCAGGCUAUUACAGAUAAUUUUGAAGAAAACAUCCUUGAAUCUACUGUGCCUGAAGAAACUGCAUUAGAAAAUAAAAUCUCUGCACAUCAUGCUGAAGAUUUUCAUGUGCAAAGAUACGACUUAAUUCCAACUGCUGAGCAAACCACUGGACCACACCCAGACUUCAUUUUGGCACCUGAUGAACAUUUCGAUGACCAUAUAAAUAACCAUUUUGAUGACCAUUCAAAUGACCAUUUCAAUGACCAUUCAAAUGACCAUUACGAUGACCAUUCAAAUGACCAUUUUGAUGAUCAUUCACAUGACCAUUUUGAUGACCAUUCAAAUGACCAUUUUGAUGACCAUUCACAUGACCAUUUAGAUGACCAUUUUGAUGACAAUACACAUGACCAUUCAGAUGACCAUAUUGACGGCAAUUCAAAUGACCAUUUUGAUGACCAUACAGAUGACCAUUUUGGUGACCAUACAGAUGACCAUUUCGAUGACCAUUCAGAUGACCAUUUUGAAGACCAUUCACAUGACCAUUUUGAUGACCAUACACAUGACCAUUUUGAUGACCAUUUAGAAAAACAUUUGGAUGACCAUUUUGAUGACCAUUCAAGUGACCAAUUUGAUGACCAUUCAGGUGACCAUUUUGAUGACCAUACACAUGAACAUUUUGAUGACCAUACACAUGACCAUUUUGAUGACCAUACAGAUGACCUUACAGAUGACCAUUCAAGUGACCAUUCAGAUGAUGACCAUGCAGAUGAGCAUUCAGAUGACCACUUCCAUGAGCAUUCAGAUGACCAUUCACAUGACCAUUUUGAUGACAAUUCCAAUGACCAUUUCGAUGACCACUCACAUAACCAUUUUGAUG